UGCGACUUGACCCUCCUUGAGCGCUUCUGAUCCGCAUCGGCCUGGCUCACCUUGGCGUCUAGUCUCCAGCCCGGAGACCUAGGCAGCGGCAAAUCCGCGAUCCGAUUCCAGAGAGCGGAGUCUGAUCCAGAUCCCUCGGGUCUCGUGGCUGCCAGUGUGACCCUGGCAAGUCUCGCCAGCUGGGCCUCAACUUCCAUUGUGUGGACCAGAGGGUUCCAGGGUGGGAUGAGCGGUGUGAUUCACCCAUCCCGAGCCUUUGUGACUUUAUGGGCAGAGUGGCCACACGUUCCUGCUCCCUACAGGUCUUGGCCAUGAACGCCCCUGGAGGAAGGAGGCAGGAAGGUAGAAGGGCCCAUAGACCCCGGGAACAGGACCGAGAUGUGCAGCUGUCUAAGGCUCUGUCCUAUGCCCUACGCCACGGAGCCUUGAAGUUGGGACUUCCCAUGCGAGCUGAUGGCUUUGUGCCCCUGAAAGCCCUGCUGCAGCUACCUCAGUUCCACAGCUUCUCAGUGGAGGACGUAGAGCACGUGGUGGAUACCAAUGGAAAGCAGCGGCUCGCCCUACAGCCAGGCGAGCCCAGCACUGGCCCUCUUAUCAGGGCCAAUCAGGGCCACUCCCUACAAGUACCUGAGUUGGAGCUGAUGCCCCUGGAGACACCACAAGCCCUGCCUUUGAUGCUAGUCCAUGGUACAUUCUGGAAGCAUUGGCCAUCUAUUCUACUGAAGGGCUUGUCAUGCCAAGGAAGGGCACACAUCCACUUGGCCUCAGGGUUACCUGGGGACCCUGGUGUCAUCAGUGGCAUGCGUCCAAAUUGUGAAGUGGUGGUGUUCAUUGAUGGACCCCUAGCCCUGGCAGAUGGAAUCCCCUUCUUCCGCUCCGCCAACGGGGUGAUCCUGACUCCAGGGAAUGCUGAAGGCGUCCUACUUCCCAAGUACUUCAAGGAGGCCCUGCAACUACGACCGACCCGAAAGCCUCUCUCCUUGGCUGGUGAUCAAGAGACGGAGUAUCAGAGUGGCCCCAAGCACAGCUCCAGAGGAGGGAGAAGAAAGAUCCAACAAUAAAAUACUUAUUUAUUUAAAAAAAAAAUCUGAAAUUAGUCACAGAAAGAAAGUCCAGUUUGAAAUCA